CUGAGAACCGCUGUGGGUCCUAGACUGGUCGGGGACAGUCCCUGAGCUUCGGGUCGGCUGCGAUCGCGCGGCAGUCAGAAGCUCUGGGCUUGAAUCCCUGCACUGGACGCAGCGGAGAUAGGGCGAGACUUGCAGAGCCUUGCCCAGCUGGGGCCCGCUGAGACAGAACGCCCCUUCUCCCGGGAGUUGGCCCCGAGGACCCGCCGGAGAGGAGCAGGACCCUUGAGCUCACCAAGUGUCUAAGAAGUGAGCCUCCUGCCCACCCAGGCUGCUGCUCCAGGUGGAGCCAUGGCAGGCCACUGCUGCCUGGAGUUGGGGUUGUUCUGCUGGGUCCUGCUUGCCGUUCCUGUGGGUCCCCAGCCUGCUUCCUCUGCGCCUGGUGGCCCUCUCACCACUCUGACCCCACCACCUCAGAGUGAGGCCUCCAUGCUGUCUCUCAACCUGGGACUGAACUUCAAAUUCCACCUUCGGGGACCUGCUGCUGUCUGGGGGAGCCCUGUCACAGAGACUCACCCUCUUUCUCCUGGGCUAGGCCAGGAGUCUGAGGGAGAGGUGGAAGGCGACUUGAGGACUGAUCCCCUUUGGGAACUGCUGGUGGGCUCUCCCGGGAACUACCUCCCCGAGUGGGGUUCUGCUGAUGGCAGCUCCACACCCUGGGCCUCCUCCCUGCCUCCUGAGUCCACAUCCCCCCUGUCAGGGCCCACCAAGCGGCCCACUGCUCCCUCUCAGCCUAGGCUGGGCACUGUGACCUGGGCGACUGCUCUGACAGCUACAGCACCUCCAACCAGUCCUCCCAGGGCUCAUCAGAGUGAGCUCGAACUGAAGUUUGGUGUGGCACUGAGAGCAGGUGCAGCCCCCACUCUGGGUCAUCGGUCACUGCCCCUACUGCCCAGCCUGCGGGCCAGCCUGGCAGAGAUUGCUGGGCGCCUGGGACCCUUUGGGUUCUUUGGUACUACUCUGUCUCCACUCCGGAAUUUCUCAGGCCACAAUUUCCCAGGCUCAACAGCACAGCCAAGCUCCGCUUCCCAAGUGUCAGAUUCUCCAGGACUCUUUGGUACCACUCGGUCCCUACCCCCUCCUCUUCUGGAAAGAGAGUUCUCAAACUCAAGCCUGCCAGAUUCAGAGGCUUCUGCAAGCUCUGCCACCAUCAAGACAACACCAACGCAACAUGACCCCACUGUCUCCACUUCUGUUCCAUAUGAACCCUUUCCUGCCAGUUCCGGGAACCCUUCAGAACAGCCUGAAUGUGAGCCAGAUUCUUGUAGUGAGCCAGACUUGCCCGAUGACUUGGGGCAGCCUCCUGCCUCUGCUCUUCCACUUUUCUUCUUGACCCUGGAGGCCGAUUGGGCAGAGGCCAAGGCUCGCUGGGGCCUGGCCUGGGAAGCCCAUGUAUAUGGGGCAGGAGCGCUCUUCGGCCUGGUGGCCCUGCUGGCUCUGUUGGCUCUGGCCCUUUUGCCCUGGCGUUGCCCUCCCGGGACCCCCUGCCUGGCGUUGCUGGAUCUGCUGCUGCUUUCGGCCGGGACCACUCGGGCCUUCCCUCUCUUCUACGACGCCUACGGGCACCGUGACCGGCUGCCGACCCUCGCCUGGCUGCUGCUGCAGGACCUUCCACAGCCCUGUCUAGCCGCAGGCCUGGGGCUGGCUUGCCUGCUGCUGGCCCGGCCGCGCACGCCGAGGUGCCCGACCGGCUUGGCUGCGCUGCUGCUACUGGGGCUGGGGCUGGCGGCCGCUGCCACCCUGGGAAGCGCCGUGCACCAGCCACUGUGGCCGCUGCGGCUCGCCUCCCGCGGGCUGCACGCUUUCCUCGCUGUCUUCCUGUCGGCGCUCCUGCUGGCCCUCUCUUGCUGGGGCGGCCGCCGUCGGCGACCCGGAGCACCCCUGGGAGGGUCUGGCUUCAAAGGCGCUACGCCUGUCCCGCAAGUGCGCAGCCCCUUCGCCCCGCGGGAGUCCUGGAGGCGCGCGGCGCGCACAGCCCCGGUGGCCGGUACCUUUGGGCUGCUGAGCGGAGCCCUGCAGGGCUACGAGGUGCUUCACGCCCUGGGCUACGGCACCCAAGCCGGUUUGGAGGGGCCCUGGCCCUGGUGGGCCUUCCAGCUAGGGCUGCGUCUGGGCGAGGUGGGUGUCGCGCUCCCCUUGGCACUGCUGGGCCUCUACCCCACGCUCUGCAACCCGCGUGUGCCAAGGCGCUGCUGGGCCAAACUCUUCCGAUUGUCGCCGGGACACGCUGCUCCGCUGCUGCCAGGACGUUGGGUCCCUGGGGCCCGGGACAAGGAGCCCCUGGGUAGCGCGAUCGCGCGUGGGGACGCAGAGUUGCUGCAGCUGUGUGCCCUAGCGGGCCCGGGCCCCGACCUCCUACUCCAGGGUGGCGGGUGCCGGGGCUUCGAAGGUGCCGGAGCGAAUGCAACGCAGUCACCAGCCUCCUCCCCUAGCAGCGAUUGCACGGUGGACUUCCGCCCGCCCUCACCGAUCAACCUGCGGCGCAGCAUCGAGGAAGCCCUCUGCAGUGAGGCGCUUUUGGCUCCUGGCCUCUUUCAGGGAGUCACUGCCUUUGGGGAAGCCCUACCUGGACUCGGCCUCUACCGCACCGUCUCACUGGGGAACAAGACAGGAGCCGGACCCGGUGAGAGGUCGGAGAAGGUCCCUGGAUCCCCAGCGCCUCCUGAGCUCCCUUCUCCUGGGGCCUGGCCCGCGGGCAGCAGCGCCUCAUCUGGCUCUCUGUGUGGACUCUCACGGGACAGCUCCUCCAUGCUUCUGUGUUCCAGCCCCGACAGGCCUCCGCGCUGUCCGCUAGUCUGCGUUCUCAGUCCCCCGCGGCCGUCGGGAAGCAGCCCCAGCCUCCCAGCCUCAGGAUCCUACCAGGCCCUGUCCCCACCCUCCCGUGACUCCCCUGAACAUUCUUCUGAGUUGCAGGCUGAGGAGGCAUUGCUGCAUGAGCAAUUCCUGGAUGCCUGCAGACAGAUUGAUGAGCUGAGCGUGGGUAGCGACACCAUAGACCUGUGA